CAUUUAUGGACGGGUGGUGGUGAUGGAGGGGCCGGUUUCCUGUUUCCUCGCUACAUCACUUCCGGCCCGCACGGCAAACCCGGAAGAGACGCCACCGUCAUGGCUGCGUUGUGGUUGUCGCUGGUUCCGCCGCUGCUGCUGCUACUGCUAGCGGCAUGGGUGCACGGGAACUCUGUGGAGCAGAAGAUUUACGUGGAGCUGAAGGACACGGCGGCGUGCGUGAGGCUCAUGAACGGCACUCACCAGAUCGGCUGCCAAUCGUCUGUGGGCGGUGACACGGGCGUGCUGCACCUGGUGUCGAGCGCGGAAGACCUGGCGUGGGUUCUGAAGGACGGACCCCACUCGCCCUACAUGGCUCUGCUGGACAACUACAUGUUCUCCAGGGAGACCAUGAUGCAGCUGAAGGUGGCGCGUGGCCGUGUGGCCGGCGUCGUGGUGAUGCUGCACCAGAAGGCGCUGCCCUUGGCUCCCGCCAACUUCUCCCAUGACCUCUCCUGCCCCAACGACAAAUUCGGAAUGUACGAGGACACGGAUUACGCCCACUGCCGUCGCACCGUCUGGAACCCGUCCGGUACCGGCCUGGCUCUCGAGGACUUUGGGUUCCCGGUUUUCUUGCUGCGCGACGCCAACGAGACCAGCGCCGUCCUGCAGUGCGUGAGGAAUCACAAUGUGCCAAGCAACGACACGUCAAAGAAGGUGGAGUACCCUCUGUGCGCGAUUCAGCUCAAGUCUCACAUGCACGGGGUGCGCGACACCGUGACCUGCAUGCGUCGCUCGCAUCUCUUCAACAACCUCAACCCUGAGUUGGUGUGUGAUUCACUGGGCGACUAUAACGUUCUGGGGGUUCUGCAACCGAUCAACCAAUCGAUGAAGGGAAAACCCGACAAGGAUAUCAUCAUAGCAGCUGCACGGCUGGACAGCCGCUCGUUCUUCUGGAACGUGACGUCGGGCGCUGACAGCGCCGCCUCCGGCUUCGUCACGCUGCUGGCGGCCGCGGAGGCCCUCGCCGCGCUGGGCAACGCGUCACGCUCGCUGCCCCGCAACGUCAUGUUCCUGUUCCUGCAGGGGGAGGCGUUUGACUACAUUGGCAGCUCGCGGUUCGUGUACGACAUCAUGCGCAACAAGUCGUUCCUGUCCCUGGACAGCAUCCACUCCUUCCUCGAGAUCAGCCAGGUGGGGCUGCGUGACGGAGCCACGGUGUGGGCGCACAGCGACCCCAUCUCUCGGCAGGUCCCCCAAGUCAACGAAUCCGUGUGGUCCAUGGUGGAGGCCCUGCGAGCGGGCGGCCUCACCGUGGCGACCCCUGACCCCGAGCAGCCGCUGCCGCCCUCGUCGCUGCAGCGCUUCCUGCGGCACAGGAACCUGAGUGGUGUGGUGCUGGCAGAGCACCGCACCGCCUUCUACAACCAGUACUACCACAGCGUGUACGAUGUGGCGCCCAACAUUAAGCUGAGCUUCCCGGAGGGGCUCACGCCAGAGGAGGAGCUCACCUACCCCAGCGACAUCGCCAAGAACCUGACGGAGCUCGCCACAGGCGUGGCGAGGGCGCUGUACCUGCAAGCAGGCGGAGACCAAGAGACAAUAAUGGACGUUCAGGCCAACACCACCACUGUGGCGCGUCUUCUCUACACACUGCUCGUUCGGGCCAACAACUCGUGGCUGCGCAGCAUCAUGGACAAAGAGAACAAGGGCAUUUUGGGCCGUCACGCGCUCAGCUUCUACGUGGGCGUGAGCGACAACUGGAGCCACAACGACAUCACGCAGGUGGUGCUCCACGCCCUCGCCAACCUCACGGGCACCACGGUGCCCCUCAACGAGACGGCUUGCCGCGACCCCAAGAAGCACGGCGUCACCGACGAGGAGAUGUACAAGUACAUCUGGGUCAUGGGGUCGCCGCCGGGCAAGGGGGCGGAGGAGGGGGACAAGGAGGGCGGUGGCUUCUGCACGCGCAGCACGGCGCACCUGUCGCCCGCCGUAUCGCCCGCCUUCGAGCUGCAUGACUUCGACUCGGGGGAGUACUCCACCUGGACCGAGUCGCGCUGGAAGCAGCUGCGGGCGCGCCUCUUCCUGGUCGCCAGCCCCCAGCUGGAGCACGUGACGCUGGCCGUGGGCUGCCUGGUGCUGGCGCUGUCUCUGUGCUCCGUCUACCUCGUUAACUCCAAGGCCGACGUCCUUUUCACCCCGACGCGCGAUGCCCACUCACCAGCUUACUGAUGCACUAACCGGCUUACUGGUGUUGCACUCACCAGCUUACUGAUGCUGUCACCACACUCACCAGAUUACUGAUGCACUCACCACACUCACCGGCUUACUGAUGUUGCACUCACCAGCUUACGGGUGUUGCACUCCCAAGCUUACUGAUGCACUUAACACACUCACCAGCUUACUGAUGCGCUCACCACUCAUCCACCCUCACCACUCUCACCGGCUUACUGAUGCUGUCACCAUACUCACCAGCUUACUGAUGCACUCACCACACUCACCGGCUUACUGAUGUUGCACUCACCAGCUCACGGGUGUUGCACUCACCAGCUUACUGAUGCACUUAACACACUCACCAGCUUACUGAUGCGCUCACCACUCAUCCACCCUCACCACUCUCACCGGCUUACUGAUGCUGUCACCAUACUCACCAGCUUACUGAUGUACUCACCACACUCGGCAGCUUAUUGAUGCACUCACCACUCAUCCACACUCACCACUCACCCACACUCACCACUCGCAAUGCUCAGCUGCAUACUAACCACGCACCCUCUUAAGAAUACUCACCCCUUCACUAAACAAUCCCACACACUCACCCUCUCUCCACACACACUCACCCUCUC